CCUUCCUUUUCAACUUUUUUUUUUUUUUUUCUGCGUCGACUCUUGGCGUCUUUCUUCUCCCCUCCCACCAUUAACAAACCCACCAAUCCCUCUCUUAUCUUCCAAUAAACCCUAAUUCUUCUAUCCACUCUAAAUCUCCCUUAAACCCCCUUUUCCUUUAAAACCCCUAAACUUUUAUCCAAUUUUCCUAACAUUUUUAAAAAAUUACACGAGGGCGACAAUCAUAGAAACCAUAGUAGUCCAGUAUAGUAAAGACUGCUGUUGCACCCACUUGUUUGACUUUUAGGAUCUUUAGGGAUCCAUUUUCUUUUGUGGCUAUUUUUGCAAAAAAGAGGAAGAAGAAAAAAAUGGCUGGAAAUCGAAGACGGCUUGGAGAUGAUCGGUUUUAUAGCCCACCACCGAUGAGAAAGCAGCAAAAAAUGAAAGCUAAUAAGUCACGAAUUGAACCGGAAAGUCGACCCGAGUCUGAUGAUGGAGCUUCCUCAACGACGUCGUUUUCGUCUUCAAUUCCAAUUGAGAAUUUGACCAAUUUUGACCGGUUCUUGGAACAUACUACUCCUAAGGUUCCACCUCAAUUUUUUCCCAAGACAAUCAUGAGAGGGAAGAGGAAUCUUGACAAUGAUCCCCAUCCAUACUUCAUCUUGGGUGACCUUUGGGAGUCUUUUGGGGAAUGGAGUGCAUAUGGAGCAGGAGUUCCACUGGUUUUAAAUCAGAGUGAUUACGUUAUCCAGUAUUAUGUGCCUUAUUUGUCUGGGAUUCAGCUUUAUAUAGACCCUUCGAGGCCCUCCAUAAAGCAAAGGAGACCAGGUGAAGAUAGUGAUGGUGAUUCUCUCAAGGAGACAAGUAGUGAUGACAGUAGUGAAUAUGGAGCUGGAGAUUCAAGGGUAGCCAAUAAAGUUCACGGAAGUAGAAAUCAACAGAAUAUUAUUGGAUCAACUAUUGAUGGAAUGAAGCAUCUCUCCUUAAAAAAGGACCCUUUUGCAGAAUCUUCAGGUGAUGAGAAUGAGAUGGGGAACUCUCCUGGUCUCCUUGUAUUUGAAUAUUUUGAGCGAAAUCAACCAUAUGGCCGUGAACCUUUAGCUGAUAAGAUUUCAGGCCUUGCAUCUAAAUUUCCAGAACUGAAGACGUAUAAGAGCUGUGACCUUACUGCUGCAAGUUGGAUUUCUGUGGCUUGGUAUCCCAUAUAUAGGAUUCCAACAGGACCAACAUUGCAAAAUCUUGAUGCUUGCUUUUUGACAUACCAUUCCCUCUCAACACCUUCUGGUGUUCCUAGGGCUGACUGGCCUCAACAGCAUGGCACAACUACUAGUAGAGGCAUUGUCGAUGCUGGUAUGUCCGCCAAGCUGCCUCUCCCAACCUUUGGGCUGGCCUCUUACAAAUUCCAAGUAUCUUUUUGGUUUCCCGAUGGAGUCAAUGAAUGUCAGAAGGUCAACUCUCUGUCACGAGCUGCUGACAAUUGGCUCCGGCUUUUGCAAGUUAAUCACCCUGACUAUAGCUUUUUCGUGUCACAUAAUUCGUAUCGGAGGUGAAGCUUGUCUUUUUUUUCUUGUAAGCAUAACAUCCCGAGAUGCUCGUCCAGCUGUACAAGCUGGUCACUGGGUAUAGCAAAACUAAACUUGAAAGUAGCCUUCUGCUUACACAAUACAAGCUUUUGUACUUUUAUUAGUUGCUGUUAGAUGCAUGAGUGAUAAGGUUUGCAGUAGGGUUAAGAGUGACAAUGAAGGUUAAGCAUCUUUACUGUUUCCUAUAGCACCUUAUAUACAUUGGAGCUUCCUCAAUCAACAGUGAGUUCCUGGAUAUGAUGUUCCGGUGACAGUCACUUUGUCAAGAUAGCUCUAAUUCAGCUUACACUUAAGUUAACAUUGAUUUUAAAACAAUUCGGUUGAUUUUCUGUAUGUUGUGUAUAAAUGAAUGGUCUGUAAUACCUCUAGUAUAUGACUUUGUAUAUAGCUAUGUUUUUUAAA